GAACAGACAGCUUUAUUCCAGGGUCCUGCGGUGACGAGGUCAACGGGGUGUCUAUGCAGUAUCUCCUCCAUAUCGUCCUUACACCGGCUGGCUCCAACCUCUGCUAAUCCCACCGUGGUAGAUCGAAGAGCCCUAAUUCUCGACAUAAUGGCAGUUCCUCCAGCAUAUGCGGACCUGGGAAAAUCAGCAAAGGAUAUCUUCAAUAAAGGAUAUGGGUUCGGGAUGGUUAAGCUAGAUGUGAAGACCAAGUCUUCAAAUGGAGUGGAAUUUAAAACGUCUGGCUCAUCAAACGUGGACACCAGCAAGGUCACCGGCACCCUGGAAACCAAGUAUAAGCUAGCCGAGUACGGGCUGACCUUCACAGAGAAGUGGACCACGGAAAACACUCUGGGGACAGAAGUCUGCAUCGAGGAUAAGAUCACCAAGGGCCUGAAGCUUCAGUUUGAAACUACGUUUUCACCCAACACUGGGAAGAAGAGCGGUAAAGUCAAGACGGCAUAUAAACGGGAAUUUGUCAAUGCCGGAGUGGACGUGGAUUUAGACUUCGCGGGUCCUACUAUCCACGGAGCGGUGGUGGCCGGAUACGAGGGAUGGCUCGGUGGCUACCAGAUGACCUUUGACUCGGCCAAAUCAAAGAUGGCUCAGAGCAACUUCGCUGUUGGUUACAAGACCGGGGACUUCCAGCUGCACACCUUUGUAAACGAUGGUGCAGAGUUUGGUGGAUCCAUUUAUCAGAAGGUUAAUAAGGACCUGGAGACGGCUGUGAACCUCGCCUGGACCGCUGGCAGCAACGCCACUCGCUUCGGGAUCGCUGCUAAAUACCAGUUAGACUCCAGUGCCUCCAUAUCAGCUAAGGUGAAUAAUUCCAGCUUGGUAGGAAUUGGCUACACCCAGACUCUUCGGCCUGGUAUGAAGCUGACCCUCUCAGCACUAGUGGAUGGGAAGAACAUCAACGCUGGUGGCCACAAGCUCGGUCUAGGCCUGGAACUGGAGGCGUAAAGACCCCGCCCCAACGUUUCCUAAGAAUAUCAGAAGAUUCUGCGCGCUCGGAGACAGAUAUUUUAACGACGAGGCCAAACAAAGUAGAAUCCCAAUAUACAGACGCAGAGGAGGCGGAAACAAACAUUUCCAACUACCUCCUGUCAUUGUGAUUCAGCCACAUGUAUUUAUUUAUCAGCUACUCCCCCUUCUGCCAUUUCACCCUCAAUAAUGAAAAAAAUAAAUAAAAAAUGCCCCCGGCUUCUUUAGUUUGACAAUCCAAGAGUGGUUUUAAAACCUUAAUAUUGUGCUGAAAUGCCAUUAUGUAGAAUGUACAACUGAUGUUGUUUUGCACAGUAGAUUAUAACUCUUAUUUAAGAUCUAAUAUUUGCAUAUUUUGGAGAUAUUCUGGUAGCAUUAAAAUGCCCGGUGGAAGUUGCUGCUCCUCACUUAUAUUAUUUCCAAUAGAGCCUUUUAUUGUGCUGUAUCACAAUUUUUAGUUAACAUUACCGAGUUCUCCUUUAGUUGCUCAGCGGUCCUAUCAUACAUUUUCCCUCAUUAUGAAGCUACUGAAAACCGGAUUGAACCACCACUUCUCUUCCUGUUCAGAGACUGCAACACUAAUCAGUGAGCAGUCUGUAUGUUGGCGUGUGUCUACCUUCAAAAUAAAGUCCUGAAAUCA